GUGCCCCGCGCCGCCGCCGCCGUGGGUGCGGGCCGCUUGCCGCCGCCGCCACCGCGCUGCUCUGCGUCCCCCGGCCCGCCCGCCCGCUCUGUUCGCGGUCGCCAUGGGCUCCCUGCUCAGCCGGCGCAUCGCGGGCGUGGAGGAUAUCGACAUCCAGGCCAACUCGGCCUAUCGCUACCCGCCCAAGUCCGGAAACUACUUUGCAAGUCACUUCUUUAUGGGAGGCGAGAAGUUUGACACCCCUCACCCCGAGGGCUACCUUUUUGGCGAGAACAUGGAUCUAAACUUCCUUGGGAAUAGACCCGUUCAGUUUCCCUAUGUAACUCCAGCUCCACAUGAGCCAGUGAAGACACUGAGAAGUUUGGUGAAUAUCCGCAAAGACUCUCUCCGACUCGUGAGGUAUAAAGAUGAUGUUGACAGUCCAACUGAGGAGAAUGGGAAGCAGAAAGUCCUGUACAGCCUGGAGUUCACAUUUGAUGCGGAUGCCCGUGUUGCCAUCACAAUCUACUGCCAGGCUACAGAAGAGUUUGUUGGUGGCAUGGCAGUAUACAGCACAAAGAAUCCCUCUCUGCAGUCGGAGACAGUUCAUUACAAGAGAGGGGUAAGCCAGCAAUUCUCCCUGCCUUCCUUCAAGAUUGAUUUCUCAGACUGGAAGGAUGAUGAGCUGAACUUUGAUUUGGAUCGUGGCGUGUUUCCUGUGGUCAUCCGAGCGGUGGUGGAUGAAGGGGAUGUGGUGGUUGAAGUGACGGGUCAUGCCCAUGUUCUUCUGGCUGCAUUUGAAAAGCAUGUUGAUGGCAGUUUUUCCGUGAAGCCAUUAAAACAGAAGCAGAUUGUUGACCGGGUGAGCUAUCUGCUUCAGGAGAUCUAUGGCAUCGAGAAUAAAAACAACCAAGAGACCAAGCCCUCAGAUGAUGAGAACAGCGACAACAGCAAUGAGUGUGUGGUUUGCCUGUCUGACCUCCGUGACACCCUCAUUCUGCCCUGCAGACACCUCUGUCUGUGCAAUUCCUGUGCCGACACCCUGCGCUACCAGGCCAACAACUGCCCCAUCUGCAGGCUGCCCUUCCGUGCCCUGCUGCAGAUCCGGGCCGUGAGGAAGAAGCCGGGGGCUCUGUCGCCGGUGUCGUUCAGCCCUGUCUUGGCACAGAGUGUUGACCAUGACGAGCACUCUUGUCCCUUUAAACCCCUUAAAGUGACCACUGUCUCCCUACCCAGCAGGAAACCUAAAAGAGAAACAAGCUCUGACAACAUCCCUCCGGGCUACGAGCCCAUUUCCUUGCUGGAAGCGCUGAACGGCCUCCGCUCUGUUUCCCCCUCCAUCCCGUCAGCUCCUCUGUAUGACGAAAUCAACUACUCUGGUGUGGUGGAUGGGAUGCCACCUGCGAGCCGACCGCUUGUUGGGAUGGACAGAGCUGUGGAGAGCAGCCACCAAAAGGGCAAGCGGAGCAAGUCUCCAGAUAGCACACUACGGUCUCCUUCGUCCCCAAUCCACGAGGAGGAUGAGGAGAAGCUCUCUGAGGACUCUGACUCACAGCCGGCACUGAGCGGGGGUGAGCUGGUCCUGAGGGAGACCAGCUCUCCAGAAAGCGUGGCAGGGGAAGAGAUCGAGGAGGGCUCGUCCCUGCAGCAGGGUAGCCGCCCGCCCUCCGUCGAGGACGUCCUGCAGGACGGCGGCUGCGGCGAGCGCAGGAGCCUGACGCAGUCGGAGAGUGACCCCCCCGUAGACGUCUACCUGCCAGGCUCGUCCGACUUCACCAAGACGCUCCCCGGCCGCGGCACCGGCAGCCCCACGCAGCCCCUUCUCUUCGAGCAGACGCGGCUUCACCUGGAGGACGAGCAGAGCCUCUCGUGAGCGGGGCCGGAGCCGCGUGUCCCCGGUCCCGCGGGGCUGGCCCCUGCCCACCGGCCCGGGUGGGGCGGCCGGCACCGGCACGCUUUCGGCACAGCCCGGCUGGUGUUUUUUUUAAAGACGUGCAUGUUUCCUGCCGGUGGUGAGGGGGUGGUGGGUAGGGGCUGGCGUCGUGUUUUUACGUGGGAGGUGUCUGUGUGGGGGGUGUGUGUGGGGGGGUGGGUUUGGGGUUAAAAGCAGCAGAUGAAGGACACUACCCUUGUAUAUUUUGUACACACCGAGCACAGCCCUUUGCUGUCCCUCCCCCUGUACAGCGCAGCGGCUCCGUGGGGCGGGGCGCGGGGGGGGGGGGCUCAGCCCCGUCCCACCCCCUUCCACGUGUGACGGGGCUGACACACACACACACACCCCCACCCCCCCUGCGGAGCCCGGCGCUGCCCACGCCCUGUGCCUUGUUCUGCUUCUGCGGUGGGUCCUGGGGCGAUCCUCCCCCCCCCUCCCCUUCUAUGUUUCUAAUAAUAAACCCGUGGAGCAGC